AUGGAGCAGCUAAAGGACUUUUGGAGGCAUACUGUCAAGACACCGCCUCAGCCUUGCUCGCUCUACCCGUCUAGCCGGCGUCUCUGGGCGGUCGCGAGGCCGUUCAGCGCAGGUCCCGGUAGGCCGAAGAAUUAUUCACGGUACUUCCCUAGGCCGGCAGGCGAGCCCAUUUUCACUCGCGAUAUCCCCUGUGACAGCGAGGAUCCUGGUGAAGCAAUAUCGAAUUCUUUCACGCUGGAAGAGCUGGAAGGCCUAGUGCUUUCGGUUUACACCUUUCUGAAGCUCGAUGCGGAGGAGACCGCAUGCUGGGAGGCCAAGCUAUGGUCCAGUUCGGUCGACAGUAAUGCCACCCUCGCCCGCUCAUCCAACACCACCAGCCCUCAUACGGCGGCUGCCUCUUAG